ACGUGACCUGAGUUGGUGGUUGUUUUUCCACACUGCAAAAGAAAGAAAUCCAGCAAGCUUAGGUGAAAUUGUUGGGUCACUGAAAGGUACAAUGAUCCUCCAGACAAGCUGGAUUCCUGUCCUAACUACAUUUCUGCUUCUCUUACAUUUCUGGAGAGCAAAGGUCUCUGCCUCUGGAACAUCCGAGGAGGAGGUAAUAGACCCCAAGUAUGUUAUCAUAGGAGUUACCCUGGGAGUCUUCCUAGCAAUUGGUUUUUUAGCACUAAAGAUCUGCAUGAUCAAAAGGCAAUUGAUUGACAAUGAUUUUGUAGAUUCAGACAACAGAGUGGAUAAAAGGUCACACGUGGAAUCAGCUGCGAUGAGGUAUGUUCUACAGAAGGAGCCAGGUGGGAAGAGCUCAAGAUCCUCCUCCAAUCUGAUACAGCAGGAAUUAGGGGGUGAAGGUGGUAAUACAGAGUCUUUGGUGGCAGCCUGGAGUCAGAUAUAAAGAAGCUGGGGAGUAUUUCUAAAACUGCAUCCAGAGAAGUCAUCAAUUCAUAAGAACAGCAAAAUACAACUGAUCUCUAGCCAUUUUGGAAUGGGGUACAUUCAGACGGGACAUUUAACUACUGCUGCACCUGAUCUCUGCGUCAAUGGAAGACCUUUGUCCAUGGGGCUGUCUCACCAGCCCCAAAUUCAAUUUUUUUGAAAAAGUGAACUGAGUAACUGAUUACAGGAAAGGCUUUAUAGUGUGCACAACCUAAGGUUAUCUCUGCACUCAAAACACAUUGUGCACUCAUAUCAUGUGCCUGAGGGGAAUGCAUGAUGGAAAUACACAUGAGAUAGGCUUUGUUCAUUAACAGGUCCUGUAUGGGCUAUGAUAAAUAUGAUUUUUUAAAAAAUGAAUGGAAUCAAAGGUCCCCCAGAACUAGAGAUGGGUUCAAGCAACAACGUUCAUUUGUAUUGACAUAGCAAGCACUUCAGAAAUGGAGCUGAAGGGAGAGAAAACGGCAAGCGGGGUUGUUCAGUCUAUUGCAAAUAUAGGGGCCAUUUGCAAAAUGUGAAGUAAGAUUUAGUUUUUGAACACCAGCAUGAUGCAAAAGCUACAGGUGUUCUGAUCUGGGACCUCAAUUCUGUAACUGAACUAGAAGUAAUGGUAGAGAAAAUGGAUUAUUCAUAUUCUCUCUUUAAUAUAUGUUAAGUGGCCUUUGUUUUCAUUUUAUUUAUUUUUUCCUGGGAAUUUCAGUUUUUAUUACAACAACAAAAGGAGAUGAAAAUCAGUGCAAAAAACUAUUAGUAGUUUUCUGGGUAAAUAUCUGGGUCUAUUUUGGUGGACAGAAAGAUGGAGGGGAAAGUAUUCAAUAGAUUAAUGCUUUGAAUUCCGAUCAUCAAUGUGGUUUGCUGCCAAACUAAAACAGAACUCAAAACACA